AUGUUGUAGGUUUUGAAUAUACUUUCUCAAUAUGGAAGUGCUCAAGCCCUUUCUGGCUCCCUUGGACUCCACCGAAUGGUUGAAGCAAUGAAGUACAUGUUUGCAGUAAGACCGAACCUGGGUGACCCAGACUUUGUGAAUAUUGAACCUGUUGUUUCCAAAAUGCUAUCCCAAAGCUUUGCAAGAGAAUUGAGGCAGAGAAUAAAUGAUAGCACAACUUAUGAAGCUAGCUACUAUCUUGAUAGGUGGAACCAAAGCCGGGAGCAUGGCACGAGUCACCUAAGCACUGUUGACAGUGAGAGAAAUGCAGUUGCCUUCACUACCACUAUUAACAAUUAUUUUGGAGCAUUAUUUCGCUCUCGAAAAACAGGCAUAGUACUCAACAAUCAGAUGAAUGACUUUUCUAUCCCUUCGGAUGUUUCUUCACAGAACACCAUGCCUCCCGCUCCUGCAAACUUUAUCAAGCCACACAAAAGGCCCUUAUCCUCCACCACGCCCACUGUAAUCCUCAAGGAUGGACAACUUAAGGGUGUUAUUGGUGCAAGCGGAGGAUGGAGAAUAAUUCCUUCAAAUAUACAAGUCUUAUUGAACCAUUUCAUUCACCAAAUGGACCCAUUUGAUUCAGUUUUGGCACCUCGACUCUACCAUUCACUCAUACCCAACAUUUUGCAAUACGAGGACUGGGACACAGUAAGUGGGUAUCACAUUGAAGUGCCCCUACAUGAUAGGACAGCUCUGGAAAAUAAGGGUCAUAUCCUUGAACCCCUAGCAUCAGGGGCCAUAUGCCAAUUUGUGGUUCACCACCUCCCCACUAGGGCACAGGGAGAGACCAUUGUCAAAGCAAAUCUCACUGGUGUGAGCGACCCAAGAAAGGAAGGUGCCCCUGCUGGUUAUUGAUGUGUGCUGCUGGUUAUCGAGGUGUUUCUUCAUGAGUGUAUGCAUGGGCGUGGUUUAAUAAUGACCCAUGUUGUUUCUCUAUCUGGAGUGCAUGGAGUUGACCAUAAUUUUUUUUUCGUUUUUUUGGUUAUUCGUGCGGAAAGGGUACGCUAAUCGUGGUAAGAAUGAAACUUAAGAUUUUAUAAUGUGGCAUCUAAUAUAAUUUAUAUUUGAAAAAAAA